AUGGACGCGCUUCGAAAACGUCGCGAUGUGCUGUUUGAGAGGAUGAAGUGGGAACACAAAAAUGCAAGUUCAGUGAAUAAUCGUAAGCCGCCGGUUGGAGAGAUACAGGAGCGGCUGAAUAAGCUUACGGACUUGUAUGACAAUUUCGAUAAAGUGCAGAGUGAACUUGAAGAAACCACCGAUGCUCUUGUGGAAGUUUCCUCUAUCUUCAAUCACCGCUUGGAAUUUGAGAAGCUCUAUUACGAAACGAAGGGACUCUACGUGGAAACCAUCGAUAACGCUAACCCAAGAGGAAGCAGCGAAGGAACAUUCCUCGAAACCCCGGGUGCUAACGUCAACAUCGAAGAUGCGAUCAAGUUGCUUCUUGAAUCACAAAGACUGCUGAUGACGUCACAGGCAGCAGCUUCAAACACCGUUUCACAAUUGGCCGGGCGUGUGAAUUCGAUGAGUGUCGGCGGACCUGUUGCUGAUGUUUUCGGGACUGGUGUCGAUAUCCGUCUACCUACCAUCUCACUACCAAUCUUCAACGGUGAUAGGAAGCAAUGGAAUUCGUUCAAGGACUUGUUCGAGAGCUGCGUCCACACGAAAAAUCUCCGAAAUUCAGUGAAACUUCAGUAUUUGCUGGCACAUUUGGACGGUGACGCGAAGAAGAUGGUGAGUGCCUUCACUAUUACCGAUGCAAACUACAUUGAAGUUUGGAACAGACUGGACGAGUUCUACAACAAACCAAAGGACACCGUCUCGGCAUUAGUCAGGGAAUUCGUUGACCAGCCGUCAGUGUCAACAGCAUCUCUAGUUGGAUUACGAAAGCUUGUGGCCACAUCCGACGAAGUUGUGAGACAGCUUAAAGCACUUGGACCGCAGCAUGAGACUCGAGAUCCCUGGUUGAUUCACCUGCUGUUGGAGAAACUGGACCGCGAAACUCGCACGAUGUGGGCCCAAAAAACCGUAGAAGAAGUAAACCCCACGUUUGGCGAAUUCUUGAAGUUCCUCGAGCGGCGAUGUGAUGCUCUGGAGUCGUGUGCAUCUUUUUCCAGACGUACGGACACAACAGUAAAAACAGAACGGAAAUUAGACCCAAGCGCAAAGGCGACUUCAUCAAGCAGGGCUGUGCACGGUUUCAGUACAAGUACUCAACAAACCUGUCCACAUUGCUACGAAGCUCAUACGAUCUAUCAGUGCGCCGACUUCCGUGAAAUUUCGGUGGCAGAACGACGCGACUUGGCUCGAAACGCAAAACUUUGUUUCAACUGCCUCAAAACGACACACCCAGCGAAAAAUUGUACCUCCACAACGACGUGCAAACAUUGCAAGCAAAGACACCAUUCUUUGUUAUGCACUGGAUGCUUCAGCUCAACUUCAAACCCUGGCCAGCUUCAUGGAGAGGUUGCAGCUUCGAAGCAAACCGAAGUACCAUCAGAGGAGUCGGUGUCCGGAGAGGUGACAUCUCUUGUCACAGAAGUGAAGACCAGCUGCACAACUAACUUCAUUAGUAUGUUGCCAACUGCUGCCGUCAAAAUCAAGGGGAAGAACAAUGUCUUCCACAAUGCGCGGGCAAUCGUGGAUUCCGCCUGCAUGAACACACUGAUCAUCAAGCAAGCAUUCAACCGCCUUGGCCUGGAACGUCGGAAUGCCAACAUUGUCAUCCUUGUCAGCGGUAUCAGUGACAGCGAACCAAGCAAAGCUCGGGGAUCGGUGAUGCUCCAAAUAUCAUCGCGAUUCGACGACCAAGUUAUCAUCGUGGUGGAAGCGCUGAUUAUGGACACCCUGGUUCCAAAUCAGCCAUGUGAAACGUUCGACAUCGAUUCAAGUGCCUUUGAUGAAAUGCCACUUGCAGAUCCCAAUUUCAACAGCAGUGGUAAAAUCGAUUUACUGUUGGGGAUCGAGGUUUUCUUUUCUAUUUUAGAACCUGGGAAACUCCUGGAUCCACGAGGUGUUCCGGUCGCGCAGAACUCAAUCUUUGGUUACCUGGUUGGUGGUCGCUUUGAUACGAGUUCACGUGCCUCCGACCGUCGAACAUCAGUUGGUCUAAGUUGCACAGCCGACAUAAACUUGGACCAAACUCUGAGGAGAUUUUGGGAACUAGAAGAGCUCCCUAAGCCAAAACAGCUGACCGAGGAUGAACAGCGUGCAGUGGAUAUUUUUCGGGUUCCGUCGACGGAGGUAGCGAUCGCUCCAGAGAAGUGCUUCUACCUUCCGCAUCAUGCAGUAUGGAAAGCCGACAGUACGACCACCAAACUCCGUGUCGUGUUCGACGCUUCAAACAAAAGUGAUUCCGGUGUUUCGCUGAACGAUCGUUUACUCGUAGGACCUAACGUGAACGAGCCGCUUUUUAAUGUGUUCGCCAGGUGGCGAACAUAUAAGAUUGCAUUUUGCGCUGACGUCCAAAAAAUGUAUAGGCAAAUUCUUGUCUCCCGAGAGGAUGCAGAUUAUCAACGCAUCGUAUUCCGUGAAGAUCCAAACCACCCAUUGGAACAUUACCGUUUGCUCACCAUCACAUACGGUACGGCAAGUGCAGCGUAUCAAGCCGUAGCAACCCUUCAUCAAAUCGCAGAGGACAAUCGAGAGCUGCAUCCACUAGCUGCUAGCCGCAUUCCUAAAAACUUUUACGUUGACGAUCUGCUAUCGGGUGCGGAUACCGUUGAGGAAGCUGAAUUUCUACGGGAUGAACUAGUCGAUGUGCUCAACUCUGGAGGAUUCGUUCUUCGUAAAUGGUCAACAAAUGAACCGAAGCUGCUCGAUGCGGAAACGGACACAUCUCAUGACGAAGCGAUUUCCAUUGAGCUACCAAAUGAAGGUGAUGCCGUAAAGGCUCUUGGGAUACGAUGGAUCCCAUCGGACGACGCGUUCUAUUUCAAGGUCACCUUCGAUAUUCACAGUCCAAACACUAAACGACAACUACUUCCCGACGCUUCUAAACUUUUUGAUCCAUUUGGAUGGAUCGCUCCAGUGGUUAUAAAGGCCAAAAUACUAUUCCAGUACCUUUGGCUUUACAAUCUAAAUUGGGAUGAUCCAUUGCCUGCGACAAUAUGUGAAGAAUGGAUCGAGUUGAAGGAGACCUUACAUCACAUUGAAAGGAUCAGGAUCAAGCGAUGGAUUCCACAUGGCACGGGGCGUCUGCAGCUCCAUGGCUUCGCGGAUGCCUCUGAAGCAGCUUAUGCCGCCGUAGUAUAUGCUCGCUCAGAAGAUCAUGAAGGACGGAUUCAAACCAAUCUCGUGGCCGCAAAGACGAAAGUAGCGCCAAUCCAGCAGGUGUCUCUGCCACGUCUUGAGUUAAUGGCGGCGGAAUUGCUGACCGAUUUGAUGAUGAAGCUGAUGGAAUCUUUUUCGCACUUGGAUGUGGAACUGUAUGCAUGGAGCGACUCUACCAUAGUGCUACAAUGGCUGGGCUCGCACCCGCGAAAAUGGAAAACUUUUGUUGCCAACCGUACUUCUAAAAUUUUGGAGCAUCUACCAAUACAACAUUGGAAUCAUGUGUCUACGAGAGAUAAUCCUGCUGAUUGUGCAUCGAGAGGCAUCUCGCCGACAGCUCUGGUCGUCCAUCCGCUUUGGUGGAGGGGCCGCGCCUGGCUCCAUGAGGCUGAAACAAGCUGGCCACAAUCAAAGCAACUUGACAUAAAUGACGAUGAUCUUUUGGAAGCGCGAAAUACGAUAACUUGUUUGAGUACAGGUUCAAGUACACCCUACGACUACGUUGUUGAGAAGUUGCUACUCUGCCGCUCUUCAAGUCUACCUCGUGCUCGUCGUAGUAUUUGUUGGGUAAAUCGUUUCAUGUACAACAUGUUGGCCAGCUUAAGGGGACAUUCAAAAAAAUGUGGAUCCCUAACUCCGGAUGAAGUUAACGAUGGAUGUAUGCAACUGGCCAGAGCAGCUCAACACGAUUGCUUUAAGGCAGAACUGGAAUCACUGCAGAAGCAACAAGCAUUACCAAACAGCAGCAAACUGAAGGCGCUAUACCCGUUUGUCGACUCCAGUGGAACUUUGCGGGUCGGCGGUCGACUCCAAAACUCCGAUCAACCGUAUGAUGUCCGCCACCCGGUGGUACUACCGAAGGAUCAUCGUUAUACUCAUUUGCUUCUGUUGGAAAUACACGAGCAAAACUUGCACGCAGGGGCAAAGCUCAUGAUUGCCACACUGAACCAACGUUAUUGGAUAGUUAGCUGUCAAGCAUUGGUGCGAUCCUUCGUGGACAGGUGCUACAUUUGCUGUCGCAUGAAAGGGAAAGCAGCAACGCAGUUAAUGGGCAGCCUGCCUGCAGUUCGAACGAUGCCAGCCCGACCGUUUCUGCAUUGUGGUGUAGAUUACGCAAGACCCCUCAUUAUUCGCACCUCAAAUUUACGUUCCGCGAAAACUACUAAAGGCUAUGUUGCUGUCUUCGUGUGUCUUUCGACGAAGGCGAUCCAUCUUGAAGCAGUUACGGAUUUGUCGACCAACGCUUUUCUAGCCGCUUUGAAACGCUUCAUCAGUCGACGCGGACUAUGUGCGGAGCUGUGGUCCGAUCACGGAACCAACUUUGUAGGUGCAGAUAGGGAAAUUCGGAGACAUCUGCAAUCGAAGGAAUUCAAUGAAGCUGUCAGCCGAUACCUCACCAACAUCCGAAUCAAGUGGACCUUCAUCACGCCUUCAGCCCCCCACAUGGGCGGAAUCUGGGAGGCAGCCGUUAAAGCUAUGAAGAAACAUCUUCGUGUGGUACUCGGAAAUACUGCGCUGACUUUCGAGGAUCUCUCAACUGUUCUCGCCCAAAUUGAGGCUUGCUUAAACUCACGUCCGCUUUGCUCAAUGUCAACAUCACCAGAAUCGUGCGACGCUCUUACGCCUGGACAUUUUAUCAUUGGGCACCCGCUCAAUGCUCUACCUGAACCAAAUAUCAGCCACCUUCAAGAGAAUCGUCUAGACAAAUGGCAACGACUUUCUCGAUACGUUAACGAAGUGUGGUCUCGUUGGAGCAGCGAAUAUCUUUCUACGUUACAGCCUCGGAACAAGUGGCAAGCUUUGCAGCAAAACCUGGUUCCCGGACAGUUAGUUGUCAUCAAGGGUGAAAACCUGCCGCCAACGUCGUGGGAGCUUGCUAGAAUCACCCAAACUCAUCCGGAUCAAUAUGGUAUAGUCCGUACCGUGACCGUACGUCGAGGACAGACGGAGUAUCAACGUCCGGUGCAUAAGCUUGUGCCGCUGCCAUGUGAUUGA